AUGAUGGCAGAAACAGCGCCAUCCAACACGGCCACUCCCAGCUACGAGUGGCGCCUUAAACACGGCGGCGUGAGACCCUCCCCGCAUAUUCUACGCCUCCGCUGGCGCGCAUGGGAACCCCUCUCGGCCAUCCGUGUGCUGGACGACGCCACGGACGUGCAAUCCCCUCAACAGCCCUAUGAUCCGCAAACGCACCCCAUCGCGGCAGAGCCGGUCACCCGACCGCCCGUAUCGUCGAUGGACGUUCACCUAGCCGACAUGGACCUCUGGGCCCAGGACUGGCUAGCUGAGCACGACCAGCACGGCGAGUGGGAUGACGAAGACGCUCUCGAGGCCUUCGGGGCGCGCAUGGUCGCCCCUACGCCCAGCGAUGAUGAGUGGUGCCUGGUCGAGGACCUGGCGGCCGCCACCGGCACCGAUCCGAGUGCUGACGACUUUGAGGUUCCGGCCGCGAGGCGCGUCCACUGCUGCGGGCUCGACCGGCCGCCUAACACGCCGCCGCACGUGACGGUGCGCGCGUCGACUGAGGGAGGGGUACUCACCAUCGGCGACUGGAUCGCCGGCGUGCACGCGCUGCUUGAGCAGCAGCGGGCUGACGUCUUGGCCUCGCGCGGCCAGAUGCAUGCGGACUGCGGCGAGCCCGUCGUGCUCCCGGACGAGGUGGUGUACGUGGAUCCGACCAUUUCCUUGGCCAACGUCUUCCUCAAGGGCGAGCGGGACGUGGGCCUCCGGUCGAUGAUCCCGAACCCGGUGGCCGAGCCCCAUGUGCGCAUUUCGGGGUGGGAGGGUUUAUGGCAGUCGUGGGCUGACGAAGCGAGGAUAAGGGCCGCGCAAAGAUAG